GUUGUAGGCUUGUAUAUGUAAGAAGGACCAACAUGACGACCACUUGUUUUGGUUCUCUGUGUGAAAGCAUUUGCGGUGGAACCUCUGUUAUGGUGAGGAUCUUAAGUAACGACGGAGAGCUUCUCACGUUGUGUCUGCUGUCUUCUUGUCUGAGGGCACAGGGCAUCGCAUAGUCUAGGUGCUGGUAUGCUAGCCAGUGAUAGACUUCAUGGAAUGGAAUGGAAAUCGUAUUUGUGGAGCCACUACCUAGGAGCAAGACGCUUGAAAUUUACAGGAGAGAGGAGGGGCUUCUUCUUAUACGAAUACUCAACUGUAUUCGUAUGAGAGAACAGGGGUUUCUUCUAAGGCCUAUGAGAUUGUUCUUCUAACUUUAGGGGUGGUAGCUGCUCUUCGUCCAGUUCAACGAGAAAAUUGGCUGGUCGCGGGAGUUUUAGAGAUGCAGUGGUCGACGAAAUUGCGGAGUUGCGACGCGUCAACACCUCUCCAUCGAACGAGGAUACGUCAAAUUUAUGAAGGACUCGUUGUUUACUAGGCUAGUAAAGCUAAACAAGGACUCCUCUAUUUUUACGUUACGAACGAGUUACUUCUUCACUGAGCACACCCUCUAAUCUGAGCUUCCUUAACUAUCGAAAACCUACUCCUUGGCCAAAAUCCGAUGCGGAAAUUGACGGAAGUUUACCAUGCGCCAGAACGGCGUCUGGGUGCUGGCGCUUUCGGCGAGGUGUGGCGUGUCAGGCAUAGAAGUACGGGCACAAAAAGAGUCGUGAAUUAAGGGUUUCCGAAUUGCAUUCCUCACUACUAUCCCUGACUCUUUUCCUAGUAGAAAACAAGUUGCCAGGAUGAAUUAUGUGCUGAAGAGUGUAAAAAUUCCGUAACCUCUAAGUGAAGAAGAUUAAGAUGCAGCCAAACAUGGAUCCCGAAGAUCUCGAGUUUUUGGCCAAGGAAUUGGGCGUGUUACUACGUCUCGACCAUCCGAAUGUGGUGAAGUGCCACGACUGGUUUCAAGAGGAGAACGGACUCUUUAUCGUGUUCGAAUUGUGCGAAGGGGGUGAGUUGGUCGAUUUCCUCAAUGCUACAGAUAAAAGGGAGAAGCCGGCGAUCGCGGAUGUGAUGAGUCAGGUAGAUACUUGUCCUUUCUUGCUUGCUUGGUUCAAUAUCAUGCUUCUAAGAAUUAAUUAUAUUUGUGGUAUUCUUUUUAUGGUUCUUACCAACUUCAACUUGGCUAUUACAUAAAAUCCGUAAGAUAAUCCAUGUUCUUCUUCCCUAUCAAAUGAGGAACCUUCCAGAUCUUCGCAGCGGUCGCUUACUGUCACGAACUUAACGUUAUUCACCGAGACUUGAAGUUGGAGAACUGCCUCCUGAUUAUGGCUUGAUAUACUCAAACGUGAAAACGACGGUCUCCUGAUCUCGUACGUAGUGCAAACUGGAAAAUAUCUGUAAUCUCUUGACCUAAUACUGCAGGUCCUAGUUUGGUUCUCUCGGCAUUUGGUAGUCAAUCAUACACAGUGACAGUGAGCUACUUUGUUCUCUUUCCUAGCAGCAUUCAGCUUCUAAUGCGUAGUCACGCGACUCAGAAAGCCUAGUGAAGAUCAUAGACUUCGGUCUGUGUGCGGUGACGAGGUUGCAAGAUGCGAAGCUGAAACAGAAACUCGGGACUCCGUUUUUUUAUGCUAGAAAGAAACGUAUCUUCUAGAUACAGAAAGAAACGUAUAAUCUAGAAAGAAACGUAUGCUAGAAAGAUAGAUAGGCUGUUCUUAGUAUCCUCGAAAAUCCCUAUUACGAAGUAGAGAGACGCGCAGAUGAGAGAUGAUUAGUAUCGUAGUUAUAAACAAUAAAACCUAGUACAUUUCAUGGUCUCCUGUGGCCUAAAGGAUAAGCUACUUACUUUUAAGGCUUCCCCUUAUCCAUCUCCGGAAGCAUCUUACAGACAUUUGCAAGGAGGAAACGGUCGCAAGAUGCAUGUCAAGAUGGAUUAGGGUGAGCUCUAAUACUUCAAGCUACUUUUCUAAGCCUCCCUAGCACCAGAGGUGAUAGAUGAGAAGAGGAACUAUGGGAGUGGCGUGGAUUUAUGGGCAUGCGGAGUCAUAUUUUACGUGUUGCUAACUGGGCACCAUCCUUUUUUCACACGCGACUGCGGUGCACCCGGACGCAUAGGCCAGCAGCGGCUUUUCUUAAGGCUUUUUGUAGUGUUAAUUUUUUUGACCUCUGUUCUUCAAGUAGUUUCUAAGGGGAAUGAUGAAGACUCGGAGAGAUGUAGGGGGGCUGCCAGGCUUUUUCUGGAAUGGUUCUGGUAUUUGGUAACCUGAAUUUGAUCAUAAGGGAAAACAAGGGGAGAAGCAAGUAGAAGAAGCAAGUAGGGAGGUUUCAUCUCUUGUUAGUUCUGUUAGAAGGAAGUAGAAGGGAGAAGCAAGUAGAGGAAGCAAGUAGGGAGGUUCCUCUUGUUAGUUUUGUCCCCUCGUGAGGCCCGCAGUACUACAUGGGACAGCAUAAUGACACGAUGGAUGCAAUCAAUAUUCACGAUGGAUUGGCUCAAGGUAAAACCAAGAGUCAAACCAUGGAGUGAGUGUUCAAAAAUACUCUGCUUCUAUUAUGUAUAUUAAAUGAAGAGCUCCUCUAAUUUGGAAGCGUAUCUGCAGUGAGUGUCCACAUCAAAAACCGUUGAAGCAGUUGUCAGGCGAUGCGCGGGACCUCGUGUCGAGAUUGUUGCAUAAGGAUGCGAGACAACGACCUAAUGCGAAGCUUUGCCUGCUGCAUCCAUACUUCAAGGCCGUAGGAGGCGAGGGGAGUGGUAUCCGUUUGCAAAGAAGCAGUCUCGAUGGGGGGGCUCCCUUGUCGUCCGACGAAUCUUCCGAGGGAGGAGCAGACGAAAAUAAUAUCUCGAGGAAAAGCAAGAGAGAUAGUUUCUUAAGGAUGAAUCAUCUGAAUCAAAUUUGAAAGGGGUUUUAUCUCUGACAGACAGUUCAGGACGAAGGGUGGGUCAGCGCGCCUGGCUCGCAAAAGGGCUGGACGACGACGACGGCGCGCGGGUAGCCUGUCCAUGCGGGUGUCUCUGGCAGGCUCCGCGUUCAUUCUUAUCCCUUUUUCACAUUUAGGUAUUUAGAAGGUACUAGUAUCGGGUCGAGCACAUAGCACCAUUAGUCAUCUUCGCUAAUCCUUACGCAAGGCACGGUAGCUCGCUGGGCGGCUAACGCGCGAUCAUUUUAUCGACAGGAGAAAUUUGCAAAGAUAUUUCUGCUCAUCGCGGCUCAUCAGGCUGCUUCCAAAGACCUAGAGGAGAUUCAGAAAGCUUUUCUAGCUGCAGAUGUCGAUCGGAGCGGCGAACUCAGUCGAGAGGAGGUUCGUGCGAUAUUUGAAGGACAUUGUUAUAACAAUGCGAAGCCUAGUACUAGUAGUGGUGGAAAGGGCGAUAUUAUGGAUGAAGUUUGCUCUUCCAUUCCUAAAACGACCAUCCUGCUGGGAACAUUUUUUUAAAAGGGGUAAAACUAAGUACCUCCUAGCCCCAGGAUUGUCUGUCGACUUAGAUGGAAAGAACUAGGUGCAUCCAUAACAAAGGGAGAAGAGCGCUCAGCCAUGACCGACGCCGAGUUCACUCGGCUAUUCGACAGUAUGGAUAGCGGCAAGACAGGCAAUAUCAGCUACACAGAGUGGGUCGCGUCAGUCUUUGAAAAAAGUCUGUUAGAGCAGGAAAAAACAGUAAGGAGUGCGUUCGAAUUUUUCGAUCUUGAUGGAAAUGGAGCUAUCGAUCGAACAGAACUACUGAGUCUGCUUGGAGGCGAUGCAGGAGAGGUGGACAAGACCAUGAAAAGACUCGAUACGACCAAGAGUGGCACUGUCACGUAUCCUGAGUUUUCUGCUUUUGUGAAAGAAUUGACUCAGGAAAUGACAGAGAAUCCACACUGA